UGUCAGCCAAUGAGAAUAGGCCGGGUCCAUUUGAAUGGUGAGAAGCGGGCUCUCGUUGUCAUUUAAGUGCGAAACUAAGCGAGCGUUGCCAUCGAGCACUCAAAAACAAAAAGAAAAAGAGAAAGGAACCAAGUUUUCCAAUCCCUCCCGGCCUCCACCAGGCUGCCAGCAUGUCGCACAAACAGAUCUACUACUCUGAUAAAUAUGACGACGAGAAAUAUGAAUACAGGCAUGUCAUGCUGCCCAAAGAUAUUGCCAAGCGUGUACCAAAGACUCAUUUGAUGUCAGAGUCUGAAUGGCGGAACCUUGGUGUGCAGCAGAGCCAAGGAUGGGUUCACUACAUGAUCCACCAGCCAGAGCCACACAUCUUGCUCUUCAGGCGCCCCCUGCCCAAACAAAAGUAAAACAAACUCAAACGUAGCGGUCCCGCUGCUGGAUUACAAAUCUCUUGCGUGGUGCUGGCCUGACUUGAGAUGUGAGAGAAUCGGGUCGUGGACUGGAAAGGGCUAUCUUGACAUGAACUGAACACUGGGGAUAUGAAUUAAUGAAAGGGGGG